GGAGAAUUCUUUUUUAUUUCUGUGUUUGUAUUUUAGAUCAUAUUGUUAGGAAUAAAAGUUCAAUGAAAUGACUGACCGACUGAAGAUUAUUGGUUUACUUAUUAUAAUCGGCGUCAUCAACUGCCAAGGCAAAUAUAUCGAUAACUGCGACCAAGAGAACGUCUGUGUGAACGGUCGAUGCAUCAACGUACCAGGAGGAUUCACUUGUGAAUGCCUUGAUGGUUUUGAAAAAGACGAACAAGAGUUAAACUGCAUCGACAUUGACGAAUGUGCUGGCGUGGCCAAUUGCAUCAACGGUGAAUGUGUCAACUCUUUCGGAUCCUAUAAAUGUCAAUGUCCAAAAGGGUUUAUUUAUAAUCCUGUUCAUGUCGGAUGCAUUAAUGAAAACCAUAAUUUCGAAUCCGACCCGAUCACAGAGGACUUGGAAGACGUUGAUGAAUGUAUGGAAAUUUCAAUUUUAUGUCAAGUUGGAAAAUGUGUCAACGUUUGGGGAACUUUUGUCUGUGAAUGUCCAGAGGGCUACAAGCUCAAUGAGGAGAACUAUGUGUGCGAAGUCACAGAAGUACCAGUCACUGAAAACUGUUUCCUGACAGUAGAAGGCGAUGAAACAGCUCCGACCUGUUCCGAUGGUGUCGGAGUUAAUGUUUCCCGCGCGGCUUGUUGUUGUAGUCCCUACGGGAAAGCCUGGGGAGGAAAUACAUGUGAAAUAUGUCCUGAGAAAAAUACUACCGACUAUCAAACACUCUGCCCGGAAAAAGUGUCGGAGGAAAAAUCCAGAUCGCAACCGGUUACGGUAUUGUUGGAAGACAUUGAUGAAUGUAUGGAGAUUCCAGGUUUAUGUCAAGGUGAAAAAUGCAUCAACACAAUCGGAUCUUUCAAGUGUGAAUGUCCAGAGGGAUACGGAUUCAACGAAGAGAGCAGAGUUUGCGAAGAAAUACUAGUCUCAGGAAACUGUUUCCUGUCAGUGGAAGGCGAUGAAACAGCUCCCACCUGUUCCGAUGGUGUCGGAGUUAAUGUUUCCCGCGCGGCUUGUUGUUGUAGUCCCUACGGGAAAGCCUGGGGAGGAAAUACAUGUGAAAUAUGCCCGAAGAAAAAUACUAUCGACUACCAAACACUCUGCCCGGAAGAAGUGUCGGAAGAAAAAUUCAGACCGCAACCGGUUACAGUAUUGUUGGAAGACAUUGAUGAAUGUAUGGAGAUUCCAGGUUUAUGUCAAGGUGGAAAAUGCAUCAACACAUUCGGAUCUUUCAUGUGUGAAUGCCCAGAGGGUUACGAAUUUAACGAAGAGAGCAGAGUUUGCGAAGAAGUACCAGUCACUGGAAACUGUUUCCUGACAGUGGAAGGCGAUGAAUCAGCUCCGAUCUGUUCCAAUGGUGUCGGAGUUGAUGUUUCCCGCGCGGCUUGUUGUUGUAGUCCCUACGGAAAAGCCUGGGGAGGAAAUCCAUGUGAAAUAUGUCCGGAGAAAAAUACUGACGACUACCAAACACUCUGCCUGGGAGACGACCCGGAGGAGAAUGAAAAAUUCAGACCGAUACCCAUCACGGUAUUGUUGGAAGACAUUGAUGAAUGUAUGGAGAUUCCAGGUUUAUGUCCAAGAGAAAAAUGCAUCAAUACAUACGGUUCUUUCAAGUGUGAAUGUCUGGAGGAACCAUGCACAACCUAUGAGCCAUGUGAUUCAGAUGAUGGUUGUAAGAACGGUAUAUGCUUCAUCAGCAGUCUAGAUGGAUUGCACUGCGAAUGCAAUCAGGGUUUCAAGAAAGAUGAACAAGGGUUAAACUGCAUCGACAUUGAUGAAUGUGAUGACGUGUCCAUUUGCAUCUACGGGGAAUGUGUCAACGUAGUGGGAUCGUAUAUGUGUCAAUGUCCAGAAGGAUACAUUCUCGAUUCUAAUGGUGUUGAAUGCAUCCAUAAAAACCACGAUUUUGAAUCGGACCCAAUCAUAGAGGACUUAUUGGACGUGGAUGAAUGUAUUGAUCUACCAGGUUUAUGUCAAGGCGGAAAAUGCAUCAACGUUUUCGGAUCUUUCAUCUGCCAAUGUCCAGAAGGCUACAAACUUAAUGAAGAGAGCAGAGUUUGCGAAGACAUCAACGACUGCAUAGCACACUCUUGCGAAACUGAUGAUCGAUGUGUUCCUACUACUGAAGGGCAAUACGGAUGCACUGGGGGUGAAUGCGGAAGGGGCUUUGCAAUGAUGGGAGGUAGAGGAUGCGGAGACAUCAAUGAAUGUAGAUUCCAGAACAAUCCUUGCUCUUAUCAAUGUCAGAAUUCAUAUGGUGGAUUCAAAUGUGGAUGCCCAAGAGGAUACUUCGGUCUCGGUGGAAGUCAAUGCAUUAAAGCUAUCAGUGGAUUCCAGCAACCAACUGGGAAAUGCUAUGACUGCCAUUCCCUCAGUUCUACUGAGUCAGCACAAAUGGAAAUGAUAAGCGGGGAUGAUGAGAACCGUCCGCCAGUUAAUACAUCUGUUCCAAUCAUUAUGCAUCUCAGCCUACAAAACCUGAACCCACGUCAACGAUUGAUCCAACUUAUCCCAGCUAUUCGGACAUUGAAGGAUCACACAUUGUACAAAAUCAUCGGAGGAAACAAGGGCAGAAUGUUCAGUAUUAAAAAACAAGAUGGCGUCCAUUCUAUUCAUUAUGAGGAAGAUAUAAAACCAGGGAAAUUCACCAUCAAACUCAAAGUGAUUCCUAAAAUCGGGAGAAAGGCGGCAAAGAAAGCGAGCCUCGGUAUUCAAGAGAUGGAAGCAACAAUGAAGAACAAAUUCAAAAUAGAAAUUGCGUUCCAUAUUGAAGAGUAAAUGAACAAUUUCAAAAAUUUUAUC